AUGGAGGGAAUUUAAAUGCAUCUUCCAUUGACAUGGAAACAGAAGAUGAAGCAGUAAUUGAAGCUGAACCUGCUCGACCCAAGAGGAAGCUCAUCGCCACCCUUCAGGUGAUUGUUGGGGUGGCAGAAAAAAGGCCCAAAAUUACUUUCUACUUAUUUCAGAUCUACAACUCUGAGCUGGAAAAUGAGUUUGAUAAUUUUGAAGACUGGCUGUGUGUUUUCCCCCUUCACCGUGGCAAAGCAAAUGAGGAUGAAGGUGGAAAUGAGGAUGAACAUUUUGUGGGGAAGUACAAGGGCUCCUUCUAUGUCUACCCCACUGAGAAAGCCGGCAUGGAGCCCAAGGUCUCCCAGGGCGUUCCAAGGAACAGACCCAUCAAGGUUCUUGUAAGAGUUUACAUCGUUAAGGCUACGAACCUGUCUCCAGCAGACCCCAAUGGCAAGGCAGACCCCUACGUGGUGGUGACUGUGGGGCAGCAGCAGAAGGACACAAAGGAGCGAUACAUCCCAAAACAGCUCAAUCCUGUGUUUGGAGAAGUUGUGGAGCUGACCGUCUCCUUUCCUGUGGAAUCAGAACUCACUGUGGCAGUAUUCGACCAUGAUUUGGUUGGAUCUGAUGAUCUGAUUGGAGAGACCAAGAUUGACUUGGAGAAUCGAUUCUAUAGCAAGCACAGGGCCAACUGUGGAGUGGCUUCUCAGUACGACAUAAACAGCUACAACAUGUGGCGAGACGCUUUCAAACCCACACAGAUCUUGGAUAGUUUAUGCAAGAAAAACUCGCUCCCUGCAGCAGAGUACAGACGGGAGGAGGUCAAAGUGGACAAUAAAAUAUUCAAGAUCCCUCCGGAGGCUUUUCCUGAAGAGGCCUCUGUGAGGAACAAGAGAGGAGUGGUGGAUGAGAACUGGCCAGUGGACGAUGAACAUAAGGCUUUGUACGUCCUGCAGCACUGGGAAGAGAUGCCAGGAUAUGGGUACAGGCUGGUACCAGAGCAUGUGGAGAUCCGGUCCCUGUACAACCCAGAGAACCCCGGCCUUGUGCAGGGCUCCUUGCACAUGUGGAUUGACAUGUUUCCAAACGACGUCCCCGCACCACCACCUGUCAAUAUCAAGCCACGACUGCCUGUCAGCUACGAGCUGCGUGUGAUUAUCUGGAACACGGAUGACGUGAUCCUUGAUGAUGUCAACCCAGUAACGGGAGAGCCUUCCAGCGACAUCUAUGUGAAAAGCUGGAUAAAGGGUCUUGACCAUGACAAGCAGGAGACAGAUGUUCACUUUAACUCCUUGACUGGGGAGGGCAAUUUCAACUGGAGGUUCAUCUUCCGCUUCAACUAUCUCCCGACGGAGAAGGAGAUCACCUACAAGAAGAAGGACUCUGUCUUCUCUGUGGAGGAAUCAGAGUUUCGGGAACCAGCUGUUCUGGUCCUCCAGGUCUGGGAUUACGACAGGAUUUCAGCUAAUGACUUUCUAGGUAUGAUGUGA